AUAAAUGAAUUUCAUUAUUUCAGGACUCAUCAUCAUCAUUACAGCGAUGAUGAACAUGAGGAUGAUUGUGACAACAAUUAUGAGCCCGGCACUGUUUAUGCAAAAGUGGAGCCAUCGCAAAAGGGCAUCCAGCAUAGAAAGGACAAAGGGACUGCUGUGGCGCAAACACAGAUGCCGAGCACAAAGCCCAAGGCCAGGGUGCUGGUAGCAAGCAGGCAGAUGAUUGAUGGGAACGAGGUGGCCUCUCUCAGGGACCAAUCUCAUCCACCAUUACUGACACUGACAGGAACUGUACAUUUGGCAGCUACUGACCCCAUAAGGCCCUCUUCAGUUCAAGCAGCCAUCACUGGGAAAGCUUCAGUAUCAGCUGUUCUGCAGGAUGCUACCAUCACAGAGCCAAGACUGAACAGGCAGCUGUCUACCAUCAACAGACAGGAGACCAAAGCACAGUAUUACAAAGAUCUUUGCAAGCAGGUAGAGGAGAGAAAACAACAGAGAGAAAGAGAGAGGAGGAGAAACACCUCUGAGGAACAAGAACACAAUGAGACCAUGCAGCACUCCAUCUGGGGGAUGCCAGGAAGUGGCGCCCCAAACUACCACCUGGGCACAGUGAGAAGGACCAGAAGCCUCUACACCGCCGGGAUUUUACCCCAAGAGCAGAUCUGUGAUAAAGGCUUCAGUGGGAUCCCCUUCCGCCGCCUGUGAAAAGAAGACCAUAACAUCCCCAAACUGAGACGACUGAGAGCUGCACAGUUACAACAAACCUUACUUCUGACUCUUCCUCUUCCUCUUACUGUUAGUGUUAUAGCCAUCAAGAAAUUUGGGCUCUUUCAGUAGCAAAUUCUGAUGGUGGCAAAACACAAAAUAAACACACUGUGAAAAUAAAA